GUUAGAAAAACCCAAAAGCAUGCUCUAUCAUUCAUCACCCUUUUCACAUUCUUCUUCUUCUUCUUCUUCUUCUUCUUCUUCUUCUUCUCACACAGAUCUUCACUUUCUCUCUCUCUUUUCAAUUCAUUUUCUAAUAACAAUCUCUUUCUGGGUUUUGCUUCAAUCGUUCAAAAGAUUCAAUCUUUACAUAAAUUUCAACCAAAUUUCUUCUUCUGUUGAAAAUGUGGAUCUUGUAAUAAAAAAUACAUUUUUAUCAGUUUCAGGUUGUUCCACUUUUUCCUUUUUCAUUGGAUAAGUUUAGAAGAAAUUUAAAGUUAUUAGAGCCAAUAUGAAGGUAUUGUUUGUCGGUUCAUAAGGUUGAUAAAGGCACAUCAUUGAAAGUGGAAGAGAUUUUCGAAACUUCUGAGUUUGAUUUUAGUACGUUGAGAUGGGGAUUCAGUGCUCGAGAUUUCUUCCGUGUUGUGUGACUUCACAAGUUAAAGCUUCUGUUCUUGAAACUCCGGAUGCUGAAAAUGAUGAUAGAAGUGAGGUUAGUAACUGGCCUACAUUCCGUGAAUUUACACUUGAUCAACUUAAGAAUGCGACGUCUGGUUUUGCUGUCGAGAAUAUUGUAUCUGAGCAUGGAGAGAAAGCUCCGAAUGUUGUUUAUAAAGGGAAGCUAGAGAAUCAAAUGAGAAUUGCUGUUAAACGGUUUAAUAGAAAUGCUUGGCCUGACACUCGCCAGUUUUUGGAGGAAGCAAGAGCCGUUGGUCAGCUACGUAACCAAAGAUUGGCAAACUUACUAGGUUGUUGUUGUGAAGGAGAUGAGAGGUUGCUUGUUGCAGAAUAUAUGCCAAAUGAAACACUUGCUAAACACCUUUUCCAUUGGGAAUCGCAACCUAUGAAAUGGGCGAUGCGACUAAGGGUUGUUCUACAUCUUGCACAAGCUCUAGAAUACUGCACAGGCAAAGGGCGUGCUCUCUAUCACGACCUCAAUGCAUAUAGAGUUCUCUUUGAUGAGGAUGGUAAUCCUAGGCUUUCUACUUUUGGACUUAUGAAAAAUAGCCGGGAUGGGAAAAGUUAUAGCACAAAUUUGGCAUUUACCCCUCCUGAAUAUCUCAGAACUGGGAGAGUGACACCCGAAAGUGUAAUUUAUAGCUUCGGCACUCUUUUGCUUGACCUUCUCAGUGGAAAGCAUAUCCCCCCGAGUCAUGCCCUCGAUUUGAUCCGGGACAGAAAUAUUCAGAUGCUGACAGAUUCUUGUUUGGAGGGACAGUUUUCUGACAAUGAUGGAACUGAGCUGGUACGCUUGGCAUCUCGAUGUUUACAAUAUGAACCUAGAGAAAGGCCUAAUCCAAAAUCAUUGGUGUCUGCUUUGGCUCCUCUUCAGAAAGAAACUGAGGUUCCUUCACACGUGUUGAUGGGUAUCCCAAAUAGCACAAGUUUUGCUACACUGUCUCCACUAGGUGAAGCAUGUUCAAGAAAGGACUUAACUGCCAUACAUGAAGUUCUGGACAAUCUUGGUUAUAAAGAUGAUGAAGGAGUGGCAAAUGAGUUAUCAUUCCAGAUGUGGACUGAUCAAAUGCAGGACACGUUAAAUUGCAAGAAAAAAGGGGAUGCCGCUUUCCGACAGAAAGAUUUCAGAGAAGCGAUUGAGUGCUAUACACAGUUCAUCGAUGUCGGAACAAUGGUUUCUCCAACAGUCUAUGCACGACGCAGUUUGUGUUAUCUCAUUAGCGACAUGGCUCAAGAAGCACUUAAUGACGCAAUGCAAGCACAAGUUAUUUCGCCAGUAUGGCACAUUGCAUCUUAUCUUCAAUCAGUUUCCCUUGCAACAGUUGGAAUGGAGAAUGAAGCACAAGCAGCACUUAAAGACGGCACAACACUCGAAUCAAAGCGGAAUGCAACUUCGAAACAAAAGUGAAGACUUUGUACAGAGACAAAUACUUGUUGCUGAUUUUGUCUUGGAUGAUGAUAAUUACCAUCACAACAUUUGAUUAUAAAUUGCAUCUAAUAGAUACACCCCCCCUCCUUAAAGAAGUCGAAUGUUCGUUAUUUUUUUUUUUUUGAAGACUUUUCCUUAAAGAAACUAUGAUUGGAUGAA